AUGUAUUUUCCAAAGGGAUUAUUAUUUUUUGGCAUAUCAAUGUCAAUGUUCCUUCAUGGCUUGGUUUUAGCUAAUUAUUCCAUGGCUCUAACAAAAUCUCUAUUGUAUUAUGAAGCACAAAGGUCGGGAAAGUUGCCUCGAGGUCAACGUGUUAAAUGGCGAAGUGAUUCAGCUUUGAGUGAUGGUCGUUACUCAGGGAUAAAUUUGAGCGGAGGCUAUUAUGACGCGGGAGACAAUGUAAAGUAUGGACUUCCAAUGGCUUAUACUGUGACAAUGUUGGCAUGGAGUGUGGUUGAAUACCAAUUACAACUAUCAAAUAAAAGAGAGUUGUUCCACACUUUGGAUGCCAUAAAAUGGGGAACAGAUUACUUUAUAAAAGCACAUCCGAAACCUAAUGUUUUUUAUGGUGAAGUUGGUGACGGGAACUCCGAUCAUCAAUGUUGGCAAAGGCCCGAGGACAUGACCACUCCGAGAACCCUUUAUAUGAUCAACAGUUCCCAUCCCGGUUCUGACCUUGCCGGUGAGACGGCAGCUGCUUUGGCUGCCGCCUCACUUGCAUUUCGCAGAUCAAAUUCUAUUUAUGCGGGGACUCUCCUCAAACAUGCAAAACAGUUAUAUAGUUUUGCCAGUUCAAAUAAAGGAAUAUAUCAUAGAAGUAUUAUUCCAGCUGGGAAAUUUUAUUCAAGUAGUGGUUACGAGGAUGAAUUGACAUGGGCUGCCACAUGGCUGUAUCACGCGACUGGAGAUCAAAAGUAUGUCGAUCGUAUGGUGCAAGCGGGAUCGGGUGGUACUAGAUCCAUGUUCUCGUGGGACGACAAGUAUGUGGGGGCUCAAUUAUUGGUCACAAAGUUCUUAAUCCAAAAGAAGCUAAGAGACAAAAGAUUAUGGGAUUACAAGAAUAAGGCCGAAGAAUUUGUAUGUAACGUCAUUCAAAAAGGAUACAACAAUGUGGGCAGGACUUCAGCUGGGCUCUUAUGGUGGACUCAAUGGAAUAAUCUACAAUACGUCACGUCUUCAAUGUUCAUCGCCACAACCUAUUCCAAUUACCUUCAAGCAUCUAGAUCUAAUCUCAAAUGCGCUCGAGGCCAUGUUGCCCCAUCUGAAAUCAUUUCGUUUGUCCAUUCACAGGUGAAUUAUAUUUUGGGUUCAAACCCAAAACAUAUGAGUUAUAUGGUGGGAUAUGGACCCAACUACCCUCAAAAGGUUCAUCAUAGAGGAGCAUCUAUUGUGUCAAUUAAUAAAGAUCAUACACACGUAGCUUGCAAGGAGGGUUUUGUUAAAUGGUUAAACAAGAAUACUCCAAACCCGAAUGUGUUGGAUGGGGCAAUUGUGGGUGGACCAGAUCAAAGCGAUAACUAUAAUGACCAUAGAGGCAAUUUUCAACAAGGCGAAGCUGCUACUGCGAAUACAGCACCUCUUGUUGGAGUUUUAGCUCGUCUUGCAUAG